AUGAAUGAAGUAAAAAAGAAAGAGAAGAAUCUGACUUGGGGAAGUUACAUAAAAAAAAUAUUGUUUUUAUUUGAAAUAUUGCUCGUGAAUGAUCAUAUAAUAAGAAAUUUUCCUGAAUGUGGAUUCAAAAUUACAAAUCUAUGCGAUCUAAUAGUUUUUAAAAGAUUUUAUGAUUACUAUUUAUUUUGGGACAUAUGUGAAAAUACUGAAAAAGAAAACGCCGAAAUCUGUAACAGGGGUUAUUGGAAAUAUAUUAGUGAUUCUGAGAACAUAGAAACAUUAUAUUAUGAUAUGUGUGAUGGAAAUUAUGAUUCUACUGAAGUUUGUACAGAACUUAAUGAAUUUGAAGAAUUUAAUAAUUUUAAAGAAUUUGAAGGAUUUGAAGAAUUUGAAGAAUUUAAAGAAUACGUGCUUCCUCAUAUUAAUAAUGAAUACUCAGGGAAGUCUAAACAUAAAGAGGAAGAUGUUUUUGAAAUUUCAUGUAAUACGGGUUCAACAUCUGAUUCUUAUCCACAUAAAGGUAUUUAUAUAUACUACCAUUACUAG